AUGGCGACAGUUCCGGCAGCAGAAAGACGAAGUCGGGUGAUGGUUGGAGACCUUCCCCCAGACUUCCUCCAGAUCCCCAUGAGUCCAAGUCAGCAACAAGUUAUGGCUGAUGAACAAACUGCACAGUAUAUGCAGGCACAACAGUCCUUCAGUUAUGUACCUGGCAAUGUACAAUGUAGACUAAGCAUAACAGUAUCACAGGCUAAGCUUGCCAAGAACUAUGGUAUCACUAAGAUGGACCCAUACUGUCGUAUUCGAGUUGGACAUUCCGUGUUUGAGACACCCACCGCACAUAAUGGAGCUAAAAAUCCACGCUGGAACAAGCAGGUACACUGUUACUUACCAAAUGGUGUUGAUUCCAUAUACCUUGAAAUAUUUGAUGAGAGGGCAUUCUCGAUGGAUGACCGAAUAGCAUGGGGACAUGUCACAAUUCCAGAGACCAUAUUUGCUGGUGAAACUGUUGAUGACUGGUACACAUUGUCUGGAAGGCAGGGUGACGAUAAAGAGGGAAUGAUCAACUUAGUCAUGUCAUCAACGGCCCAACAAGCACCUGCUGCUCCCAUGCCAGUAGUCUACCAGAAUCCCAUGCAACCUGUGAUGGUGCUACCACCUGGUGGUAUGCCAGUUGUAGGGGGACCCCAACCUGUAUAUUACCCUCAACAAGGUGUACCCCAGCAACAACAACAACAACAACAGCAACAACCACAAGGCCCUGUUUAUACUGAGGAUGACCUAAAACAAGUAAAGGAGAUGUUUCCAAACAUGGAAGAGGAGGUGAUAGUAUCAGUACUUGAGGCUAACAGAGGCAAUAAGGAUGCCACUGUGAACUGUUUACUGGGCAUGGCAAGUUAAUUGAACAAUUGUGAUAAUAUUUAUCAGUCAGAAUUGUGCAAAUUCACAAGACGUUGACCCGGCCUUGUAUGGGCAGGAAAUGUGAUGACGCAAAAUGAAAACUGUUUAUAGAGCAUGAAUAUUGAAUGAACAAAUAUGAGAAUAUUUAUGAAUUUAUAUUAUGCAAAUUCACUGAAAGUCUGAGCUGGUCUUACGGAUGUAGGAGAUAUAAGGAUGCAAAAUGAAAACUG